CUGGACUUUUCCUUCUCCCGAGACAUACACCGGGGGCGCAACUCAAAGUAAAAACCGACUAUACAACGAAGGUUGCAGCCGUUCGAGACGAUCUUGGGCAUCGUUGAACCCGUCUUCUGUGUUCUAACCCAGUGAUACCGCACUCAGGUACCAGCCCAGCGAUACCACUUUUCCACACGGCCGGACCGUCAAAGUGACCCAUUCGUCUCAUCCUGAAGAUUUAUCCCUCUUCAUCCUCGGAACUCCCCCUUCGACACCGCUUCGUCUCUCUAAUCUUCCAACUGCCUUCCGUACCUACACUUCGACACCCCCGCAUUCCUCUUCUGCAACCUCACCAUCCUCUAUUCAUCACUCGUCCCAUACGAAAAGCAAAAUAGAAUAAUACAACCCUUUCAACACGCACAACGCAAAUAUGCUUCGGCUAACGAUCGGCCUCUUUGCCCAGCCGUUUACAACUCUACCCCUUCCUCCCCAUGGUACCUUCGCCCGCAAGACAGCUGUGGUUACCGGUGCAAACACCGGCAUAGGACUUGAAACAUCCCGCCACCUACUCGCUCUUGGCGCCCCUCGUGUUAUCAUCGGCGUCCGUAACGCAACUAAAGGGGAGGCCGCGAAAGUCUCCCUCCUCAAGACCCCCGGCAUCUCGGCGGAUGCGCAGGUGGAAGUCUGGGACCUCGAUCAGAGCUCGUUCGCCUCGGUCAAGGCGUUUUGCGCGCGAGCUGCCGCUCUCGAGAAGAUUGACUACCUAUUCCUCAACGCCGGUGUAAUGAGCACGCACUUCAACACCACCGCUGACGGCUGGGAGGAGAUUCUGCAAGUCAACGACCUCUCGACGACGCUGCUCGGGCUUCUCCUCCUCCCCAAACUAAUCUUGCAGUCGCGCGCCGCCUCUGCCGCUGCCGGAAACUCCCUCGCGGACGCCGACCUUCCGCGCAUGAUAAUCACGACGUCGGGGAUGCACGUAGUCGCGCCGUUCUUGGAGCGCAGCGCGCCGAACUGCCUUGCGGUGCUCAACGAGCGCAGCAACUUCGAAAAGAACCGCUUCGACCGCACAAUCCAGUACCAGAACUCGAAGCUGUUGAACGUGUACAUCACGCGCGCGCUCGCACGUCUCGUUCCGCACACAGACGGGAAGCCGCUGGUAAUCGUGGCCACGGUCGACCCUGGCCUGUGCAAGAGCACGCUUGGAAGAGCGGAUACGCCUAUCCCUACCCGCAUCCUGAACAGGCUCACGGGGUACACGAAUGAGUACGGCAGCAGGAAUCUCCUCAUCGCAGCUGCGGGCGGGAUCGAGGGCCAGGGAGGGUACUAUACUUCUAUGGGGAAGCUGGGAUCGCCGGGUGGAUUAUCGGUUGGACCGGAGGGCCAGCUUCUCCAGGAGAAGGUCUGGACGGAGAUUACUACGGUGCUUCGCGAGGUUGCGCCGGAGAUUGGCCCGGUCGUUGACGGUAGCCUGUAGGUGCGGGCUUGGUUGCGUUGACGGGUUUCUUGCAUGUGCUGCGUCGGGUCGAGCGGGAAAUUGGUUUAUGAUUUUUGUUGUUGUCGCAUUUAUUCUCGUUGUGUUAUUUUUCUUUGGUUAUGAAUAAUGAAGGCGGUUAGGAAGAACUGUAACACAGACAGUGGCUGUGGGGAUGGUAGCUAUGACGGACAGUGUACGGUGUACGAAAUAUG